AUGCCUCGCCUCACCUCCCUCGCCCUCGCCGCCCUCUCCCUCGUCGCCCCGGCGCUGGCAGCCUGCGACUACGGAACGCACCUCAACCCGCGCUCCGAGGGCGCCGUCCCCAUCAGCACCUUUGGCUACACGGCGCUCGACGGGCCCCUGAACUGGCACGGCCUCAACGCCACGGCCAACGCGCUGUGCGCCACGGGCAAGCACCAGUCGCCCAUCAACAUCGACUCGAGCAUCCAGAGGAUCGAGGGCCGCUCCGUCGAGUUCGUCGUCGACGCGUAUCCGUACGGCGCCGAGUUCGAGAACCUCGGGACCACGGUCGAGGUGCCCGUCAACGGCACGCUUUGGGCCGAUGGCAAGAUGUACAAGCUGGCGCAGUUUCACUUUCAUUCGACCAGCGAGCAUCGCGUGGAGCAGGAGUAUUUCCCCAUGGAGACGCACUUUGUGUUUUCCGCCCCUGACAAGUCGACGGCUGUCGUCUCCUUCUUGAUCGAGCUCGGCCUCCCGGAUCCCCUGCUGACGGCCGUCUUUGCCUCCGUCGGCAUGAUUUCCACGCCCGGCUCGGCCACCACCACGGGCCCUCUCGUCUUUGCCCCUCUCGAGGCUCAUCUCAAGGCUCAUCCCAUCUUCACGUACUCUGGCUCUCUGACAACACCGCCCUGCUCAGAGGGCGUCACCUGGUACAUCAGCAGCAAGCCUCUUCAGAUCGACGAGACCACGUACCACCGCGUCAAGGACGUGAUCAAGUUCAACUCUCGCUACACCCAGAACACUCUUGGCGAGGCGAAUCUGCUCCAGCACGCCGCCUCUCUGCUCAAGUAA